AUGCCAGGAGUCACCGACGCGCGCAAGUCCGUGCUGAUUACGGGAUGCUCCCCUGGUGGGAUUGGUAAUUCUCUCGCUCGGGAGUUCAAUCAAAAGGGCCUGCGCGUUUUUGCGACUGCACGACAGGCGGAGACCAUCGCAGACCUUGCAGAAGUAGGCAUUGAGACUCUGAGCUUGGUUGUUGAUGACCAGGAAAGUGUCAAGGCGUGUUUCGCAGAGGUCCAGAAGAGACUCGGGGACAAGGGCCUAGAUUAUCUAGUAAACAAUGCCGGUCGAAACUACACUGUGCCUGCCAUGGAAGUCGAGCUGGACGAGGCUCGACUCACCUUUGAGACCAACUUCUUCUCGGUCAUCAGCAUGUGCCAGACAUUCCUGCCGCUAUUGAUCAAGGCCCAGGGAACCAUUAUUCAGAUCGGAUCGAUUGCCGGAAUUAUGCCCUAUGUAUUUGGCUCGGUGUAUAACGCCUCCAAGGCGGCCCUCCACUCCUUCAGCGAUACCCUGCGUGUUGAGCUGGCUCCCUAUGGUGUCAAGGUGAUCACGGUCAUCACCGGUGGCGUACAGUCUCGCAUCGCUCGCACUCAACGUCUGUUGAAGCCCGAUUCACUGUACUUGCCAGUUGAAGAAGAGUACCAGCAGCGCGUCGUGCACAGCCAGCACAAGGCCAUGCCGAACGACAAGUAUGCCCGCAGUGUGGUUAAUCAGGUGCUGUACGGAUCAGCUCCCUGGCGCUGGCUGUGGCCGUGGGCCAAGGGGCGUAAGACCACCAUUUGGGAGGGUCAUGGAAGCUGGCUGAUCUGGCUCCUCGUCGGAGGCUGGGCCUGGAAUGGGCUUCUGGGCCGCAUGAUGACUAGCAUGUUCAAGCUUUGGAAGAUCAAGACCGCCCUGAAGAAGUAG